CUCUUCCCCAUUGGCUAUUAUCUGACUUUGGGGUUUUUGUUUGUGCUUUAUAUUUGGGGAUCUUUGAUGCACUGGACAAGAGAAUCUGAUUGUAAAGCAGGUUCAGAAAACAGUACCAUGGCGUCUCUGGGGCUUCUCCUGUGUGUUGCAGCAGUGGUUCACAUCUGCACUGCAGAACCACAGCCACUAAAAGUGACCACUAUUGAGCAAGAACCAUACACAAUGUCAAAAGGCUCAGAGUUUGAGGGCUUCUGUAUGGACUUGCUGUCUGCAAUUGCGGAGAAACUGGGCUUCAGGUACAAUGUCCGUCUGGUGAAAGAUGGAAAAUACGGGUUCAAGGACGAACAUGGAAACUGGGCUGGGAUGAUCGGAGAGGUUGUGAGAAGGGAAGCUGAUCUGGCCAUAGCUCCACUUACCCUCAUCGCUGUUCGGGAGGAAGCUGUGGACAUGACCAAACCAUUCAUGCAGACAGGAAUUAGUUUUGUCAUGAGCAAGGACAUUGCCUCAGAUGAUUCCCAAUACCUCAGCUUUUUAAACCUCUUCUCCAGUGAGAUGUGGAUCAGCCUGCUGGUUGCUUAUCUGCUUACCUCCUCCUGUAUCUUUCUGGUGGCUCGUAUUAGCCCAUCUGAAUGGGGCCAGCCACAGACGGAGGAAAAUCACUUUACAAUCCCACACAGCUUCUGGUACACUAUUGGAGCCUUGACACUUCAAGGCGCUGGUCCACAUCCCAAGUGCUUCUCAGGACGUGUGAUUAGUGCCAUCUGGUGGUUGUUUUCAUUAGUUGUGCUGGCCUGCUAUUUCGCCAACCUCAGUUCUUGGUUGCACAUGGAUAACAAGCAGCUCUCAAUUAAGAGCUUUGAAGAUCUGGCGAACCAAAAUGUCAUUGAGUAUGGGACACUUAAGAGCUCCUCCUCUCUUGCUUUCUUUAAGAACUCGAACAAUCCUACAUACCGGCGCAUCUAUGAAAACAUGGAGAGAAGACAGUCCUAUGUCCUGAAUAUGGAAGAAGGCAUCCGUAGGACUCAGGAGGGGAAAUAUGCCUUCAUUGGAGAGUCUGUGUCUCUGGACCUGGCUGUGGCACGGUACUGCAACAUAAUGCGCUGUCCUCAGGUCAUCGGCAUGAGAGGCUACAGCAUUGCAGUUCCUUUGGGCUUUCCCAUGCUGAAAAACCUGAGUGUGGCCGUCCUCCAGCUGAGCGAGUCCGGGGAACUGGAAUAUCUGCGUAAUAAAUGGUGGGCUAGCAGCUGCAUGGCAGAAAAUGCACAGGCCUCAUCUCUGAAGCCCAGCAGCCUGAAGGGUGUCUUCCUACUUUUGGCACUCGGUUUAGGGCUAGGACUCCUUCUGGCCUUCAUGGAGCUGACUGCCAAAUCACGAAACAUUGCUAACAUACAGCAGAAAUCCUGUUGUUCCGUCUUGACUACCGAACUUGGUCAGCGGUUUGGAAAAAGGGAGGAGACUCAGGCGGAAACCACUGAGAAAUGCAAAGCUUAAAUCCACUAAACAUUAUUAGAACAGCAUUUCUAUUCAUACAAUCAGCUUUUUUUUUCUGUUUCAAACAAAAGAAGGGUUAACUGCUCAUGAAAGACCAUUUAUCCUCAUCACAACCUUUUAAUUUACUACUAGUUUCAUUUGGACCAUGAAAAGCACUAUUAUGUUCAUUGACUGGUUUUAGAUUAUAAAAGCUAUUUUAUAAAAGCAUUCGUUCAUGCACUCAAAUUGACCUAAAAGUAGAUGUAGAAUAUAUACAGUAACUUCUACUUGAAUAUUCUAGUCAUAUGAGCUGAAGUGUUUUUGUUUUGUUUUGUGUUUUUUUUUUUUUCAUAAUAGAUGUCAUCUGAAAAAAAUAACAUUUGGCUUGAAAUGUAUUAGAAAUGAGAAAAGUGAAGGCCUGCAUUGAAUACAAGAAGGUUCCAUGACUUCGUAUUGCUUUUAUACCAUAAGAAAAUUCUGAGUAAUAAAUGCAUGAUUAAAAUAUUAGUUACAAUUUCUCAUUUAUUUUGCAAAAAAAAAAAAGGUAUAAUGUAAAUACAUGACAUCUUUAAGAAGAAGAAGCAGAAAAAGCAAUCUCAUUUCAGAUGGAUGAAACAUAGAGGAUGAAAAGUGGCUCUAUGCUGCAGCACUAUACUGAAAUACUAAAAUGUCCCCUUUUAACUCAUUUAUCAUUCUUAUAACUGCAUAUCUUUCCUAUUAGUUUCACUCUGGAUUAUUGUAUGCGUAAAGAUAAAUAACUGAAUACUAAGCUGAGAAUUUUAAGUUUUAAUCAGAAUUCAAUACCUGUUCAAAUCAAUUAGUAUUUCUUUAAUACUAACAAAUUAGUGUGUUAUUUUAGCGGCGAAAUGAUCUAAGACCUGCCAGGUUUAAGUAAGUCAGCAUUAGAAUGCAGAUAUAUAUUGCUCUUUAACAAAAACACAAGUGCACUGGCAAUUUAUUCACAGAUUUUUUUUUUAUGCAGCAAAUUGUAGACACUCAUCUGACAAUGCCAUUUUUAUUCUAGGAAAGUGUUUCAUAAGCACAUAUAUAAGGACAUACACGUGACCUGAGUGUGAGAUUUGUGGCAAAUAUAUUUCUUUGACACAAGAAAAUCAGAUCCCAAGGUGCUUGUUGAGCAAGCACAUUCCAAACCAUAGGAGAAGUAAGGGUAUGAUGCAAUGACACUAUCUGCAUCUAUUUAGGGCUUCAAAUAACCAUAUUUGUAUCUGUACUUGGAUUCGGAUUUAAACCCAAAGGGUUUUUUAAAUUCCACUCAGAGAGUUCUUUUUGUUAUUUGAUAUUUUCUAACAAAUGUAACUAGUUCAGUUUCCCAAAAUAUAAACAAACUAUUAGCCUAAAUUAAAGCACCAUGUCCCUGAGGAGGUAGUUACUUUGGCUGAAUGAAGGGCUGUUGUAAAUGCAAUGUAUUUCUUUGAUGCUUCAUAUCUGUUGGUUCACUCUCACUCUCAUGAAAGUGAAAACCUCCACCUCUAGUCUCAACCACAUGCCCUGGCAUUUUACAAAAUAAAUAAAUGAAUGAAUAAAUAGUGCACCUUCUAUUCAUAUCUGUAUUUGUAUUUGUUUAGAACGCAUUAUGUGUUCAUUCCCAAUAAUGUAUUAAAUAUUCAGUUGCAUUCCUAA